ACUCAGGCCCAUAUAAAAAAUAAAAACAAAACAAAACAAAAAGUAUCGGAUAACGUGACGAAAUAUAGAAUUAGGGUUUCUCGCUAUGGUUCAAGUAUACAUAUAUAUAGUCGCUGGUUUUACCUUCUUAGAGCUGCCGCUCUUCGACAGCACUUGCCGCCUUUGGGAGUGCUCUGGUCGUCAGCCCCACAAGCUUCACUGACAGGCGAAGUCAAAAUGCCAAAGCAAAUACAUGAGAUCAAGGAUUUCCUUCUCACUGCAAGAAGGAAGGAUGCUCGCUCUGUCAAAAUCAAGAGGAGCAGGGAUGUGGUGAAGUUUAAAGUUCGCUGCUCCAAGUACCUUUACACUUUGUGUGUGUUUGACUCAGAGAAGGCUGAGAAGUUGAAGCAGUCCCUUCCUCCAGGUUUGAGUGUGCAGGAUCUUUGAAGGAGUGCUAGUGCUUUUGAGUUCCCAUGAGAAGUUGAAACAUUUUUGUUCUUUCUGCUUUGGAUUGUCACCUUAAUGUCAUUUCUUCCGCCUUAGGCGGCAUAGAACCUUGUAGUUUGGCUCAAAUUAUAGAUGGAUCUGGUGAUGAGUUAUGUAUUAAUUUAAUGAAUGACUUCAAUUGUACGGGGAGAUCUUUUCUAUGAUCAGUCCUGUGGAAAAUGAAAAUCGGGUAGAGGCAGGAGCGGUGGUGGUUGCAACUUUACAUCCAUCUUCUGCAUUUUGUAAUUGAAGUUAGCUAUUAUAGCUUCCCUAGGUUAAAUGCAUUGAAAAAGUCAUUUGAAGUCCA